CAGGUACCUGGGCAGCGACAUCAAGAACACGAGCAACAGGAAAAAAACAACAGGCAAGUGUACAUACUUAGUGUUACAGUCUACUGCUCAUUAAACUGUACAUACUCAGUGUUAUGAUCUAAUGCAUAUCAAACUGUACAUACUACUCAGUAUUAUAGUCUGAUGAUCAAGGAACUUUAAAUACUCAGUGUUACAGUCUACUGUCCAUGUAACUGUACAUACUCAGUGUUACAGUCUUUUGCUCAAGGAAAAGUACAUACUCUGUGUUAUAGUCUACUGCAACUAUAGCUGUACAUAUGCAGUGUUACAGUCCACUGCUAAUACAACUGUACAUAUUUAGUGUUACAGUCUACUCACUGCUCAUUUAACUCUACAUACUCAGUGUUACAGUCUAGUGCUCAUUUAACUCUACAUACUCAGUGUUUAAUCGACUACACGUUUAACUUUAUAUACUCCAUGUUACAGUCUACUGCUCAUGUAAUUGUACAUACUGAGUGUUAUAGUCUACUGCUCUUCUAACUGUGCAUACUCAGUGUUACAGUAUACAGCUAAUGCAAGUGUACAUACUCAGUGUUACAAUAUACUGCACAUGUAACUGUACAUACUCAUUGUUACAGUCAACUUCUCAUAUAACUGUACAUACUGAGUAAGUAACAAGUGACACAAUGAGUUUUGGCGUCUCUGUGACGUCACCGUAUUGUUAAAAACCCAGAACGCGGAGCAGCAGCCCACAGACUACCUUCUAUUAAGUGUCAAACUUCUCCACCACGCAACUAACCGCGAUCAAUUUCAUCUUCUAAAGUGUCAACACACCAGCGAUUCAGCAAAUUCCCAAAAGGAUAAACAGGAAAAGACCUACAGUAAUGCAAAAAAGGGCCAGUGUUGAAAACCAGCUUCUGGAACUUAAAGAUGUGAAAUCUCCUCUCCCAGGAAAUCAAACCCAGACAAACCUGAGAGCAAAGAGAGCUGCAUCAGACAUGCCACCACCCAGUGCUGCUAAAACGCCUCGAUUUGAUGCUGCACCUCACAAACACACAACACAAUCCCUCAUCACUAGUGCAUUAGAAACACUGCAGGAUUCCUGUGAUGUUUUAUCUCCAAACCGGAUUGAUGCACUACUUAAAGGAAACUGUCAACUUCCUUCUUUGACAGAUGAAGAAAAAUCUGUCAUUUCCAGGUUUUGUGUAAACGAGUUAUUAACGGAAACAUUUCUGAAAGUGGUUUUGGACAAGAUCAAGGCGGAGAAAGAGUCUAUGGGACAUGAACUCCUGCAGUCUCUCUGUAGGGUUUAUGUGGGAUUGUGUCAAAAGAAAGGAAGACUCUCAUAAAGCACAUGCCCUCGCCUACAGAUUUCUUAAAGAAGACUUUUCUGAAGCCCCAAAACUGAUAAUGGUCAUGGUGACAGCAUGGCCAAGUGUUUUCUCCCAAAACAGCCCUUUAUGCAGAGCCAUUCACAUCGUGUGCAAAAUGAAGGCAUACGGAAAGAUUUAUUACUUGCUCAGCAAAUAUCUGCACUGGGAUACGGAGCCUCCAGGAAACAUCUACAGAACCAUCACCAGCACACUGAAAGCUCUUCUGAAAGACAAAAGUCUGACAUUCCAGAAGAGCAGUUGGUAUGGUGAUGAUCUCUGUCCUGCUGCCUGGGACUACGUAUUCAGCCUGGACCUUCUCUGUGCACAACUGGGCUGGAUUUGGACCGUCUCCCAUGUUAUACGAAAGGAUGUUUGGCUCAUCUUGAAUACUUGGCUGAAACAAACACAAACAGAGGAAACAAAUUUCAGAAACGUCUCUGUAGCAGCAAUUUUCAGGCUACUUGGGCAACUUGGCCAAAAAGCCCUUAGGGAGAACGUGGCAGCAUCAGUCGAGGAUCUGGCAAAACGCAUCACUAAGUUCAGGAGACAAAAUGAUUUGCCGUGGGAGGUGCAGCUCGCUGUGGUUUAUGCCACUCAUGAUCUGGCACCCAGCAACCCCAAAGUCGCUCUGAAGUCUUUGGAAUCGUGGAAGCAAAACCUCACAAAGCCCAUUCCUCCAGCCGUCACCAAGUUCCUUGGGCAGAUCAGCCAACUCUGUUCUCAAACAAAACCAAGAAAUUGUAUCACAUUAAAUAAUGUUUAACAGAUAACUUUCUAUAGCAUUGUAAAUGUUUGUACUUGAAUUAAUAAAA